AUGAAUUCACUCUUUCUACAGUUCUUGCUCUUUUUAUUAAUUAACAUCACUCACUGCCCAUUAGCUUGCCAUGAACAGGAAAGAAGAGCACUCCUUGAUUUCAAAUUCUCAUUGGAGGACCCUGCGAAUCGUUUAUCUUCAUGGCUAGAUGACAACAAAUAUCGAAACUGUUGCGAUUGGCAAGGAGUGGGAUGUUCCAGUGAUUCAUCUCAUGUUAUCUCCAUAAACCUCCGUAACACAGACCUUGAAACCUUCUACAAUGAGCUUCUCAUUGAUUUUGAUCUGUACGAUGUGCCACCACCAAAUACUGCAUUACAAGGUAAAUUCUCUUCCUCCUUUGUCAACCUUAGUCAUCUCGAGUAUGUUGAUCUUGCCUUCAACAAUUUUGAGGAAUCGAAAAUCCCCUUUCUAUUUUAUGCUCUCACGAAACUCGUGCAUCUUGAUCUCUCCCACUCAAACUUCUCUUCUCCAGUUUCGACACCAUUAAGCAACUUAUCGUCCUUACGAUACCUCGACUUAUCUUGUGGUUCUAUAGCUUCAGAUGAAAGAUACUUUGUAGCUACUGGUUCUUGCUUUGAAUUGUCAUCUAUAAAAUGGUUAAGAGGGUCAGUAAAUCUAAACGUCUUAAGAUUGAGAGGCAUUGAUUUACAUGAGGCGGCGUCUUCCGAAAAGAAUUUUGCUGAAUCAAUUUCCUAUCUUUCUAAUCUUAGGAUUCUUGAUCUCAGUGAUUGUAAUCUACCAAGCACAGUUUUUCCCACCCAUGAGUUUUACAAUCUUUCUCGUCUAUCUUCUCUCACAUUGAGUGAAAAUUAUGGUCUAAAUUUCCACAUACCAGUACAGCUACUCAAUUUAACUUCACUUUCUAUUCUCGACUUAAAUGAUUGUGGACUACAAGGUUCAGUUCCUUAUCUUCCUCAACUUACAAAAUUUGAUGUGAGUCACAAUUAUGAUCUUCGUCCUGAUCUAACUAGAAUGUUUCAACAAAAAUGGCCUAAACUUCAAAGACUUUCUAUAUCAGAUACUAAUGCAAUUGGAUCAAUCCCGGACUCAAUUUCCAAUGCGCCAUUAUUGGUCGACUUUGAUGCUUCUUUUUGUCGGUUUGAAGGGUCUUUACCUUCUUCAUUCUACAAUCUUUCUCAAUUUCAAUCUCUCGACCUCUCUUUAAACUCAAUAACAGGUUAUAUCCAUUCCUCAAUAUCUAAUCUAAAAUCCUUAAGGACGCUCGUUUUGCCUGGAAAUAAUCUCCAAGGUUCCAUUCCAGAAUCAAUAUCUAAUCUAAAAUCCUUAAGGACGCUCGUUUUGGGUGGAAAUAGUCUCCAAGGUUCCAUUCCAGAAUCAAUAUCUAAUCUAAAAUUCUUAAGGACAAUCGAAUUGUCUGGAAAUAAUCUCCAAGGUUCCAUUCCAGUAUCAAUAUCCAAUCUAAAAUUCUUAAGGACGCUCGACUUGUCUGGAAAUAAUCUCCAAGGUUCCAUACCCAAAUCAAUAUCCAAUCUAACAUUCUUAAGGACGCUCUACUUGUCUGGAAAUAAUCUCCAAGGUUCCAUACCCAAAUCAAUGUAUUCUCUUCGAUUCCUUGAUUUAAGGAGUAAUAACAUAACAGGAUUCAUACCAAAAUCAAUCUGUAAAAUGAGUAGUCUAAUGUCUUUGGACUUGUCUCAUAAUCACCUAACUGGAAUUAUUCCAACUUGUUUCUCCAAACUCAAUUUCUCUACAUUUGAUCUGUCAAACAACAAACUUCAUGGUCGACUGCCUCUUCCACCGAACGUUGUUGGUAUCUCUUCAUCAUUUGAUGUAUCAUAUAAUAAAAUCACUGGUGAAAUCUCAACAGAAUAUGGAAAACGACUUUCUAGUUUUUAUUACAUCAAUCUAGCUGGCAAUGAACUUUCAAGUUCGAUCCCAUUUUCCAUAUGUUCAAGAGAUUCAGAGUCUAAUCCUGAAUUUAUAAACCUUUCAAACAACAAACUUUUCGGGGUUAUACCUACAAGUAUAGGGUACUCGCGGAAUCUUAGAUCUCUAAACCUCGGCAACAAUAACCUCACGGGAAAUGUUCCAAAUGAGCUUCAACAACUAAAAUCAUUGUCAUAUCUUCAACUAAAUGACAACAUUCUGGAUGGUACUCCUCUUAGCUUCAUCAGUAAACUUCUAGAGUUGCAAGUUCUCAACUUAGCGAAUAACCACUUCGAAGGCAGUAUACCCAGUGCAUUUGGUUCGGCUAUCGGAUUGAGCAUUCUUUCCUUAAGGUCAAAUAAGUUCAAUGGGUCAAUCCCUCAAGAGUUCAGUCAUUUGGUAAAACUCCAAAUAUUAGACUUAUCGGGGAAUAAUCUAAACGGGUUAAUUCCUAGGAAAAUAGGAAACUUAAUGAUGCUAAGAAGUAGACCUAAUGAUGUAUCUUUCCUAGUAGACAUUUAUGAUAUCGAUGUGCAAUUGCAGAUGGUGAUCAAAGGGAUCAUGAUACAGUUUAAGAAACUGUAUGCAUAUAGUUCUGGGAUUGAUCUAUCAUGUAACGAUCUUGAAGGAAAUAUCCCAGAAGAGAUUGGUCUACUAAAAGGGCUAUCCACACUUAAUUUAUCAGACAAUCGCUUUUCCAGCGUUAUACCACAAAGUAUUGGAAGCAUGAAUGGUUUAGAAUCCUUGGAUUUGAGUUUCAACAAAUUAACUGGACUUAUCCCAUACUCUUUACCAUCACUGAAUUCUCUUGAGAGACUGAACCUAUCUUACAAUAACUUGAGUGGUACGAUCCCAAGAGGACCACACUUUGAUACAUUGAGUGGAGAUGGUUCAGCAUAUCUCAACAACAGUUUGUUGUGUGGCUUCUACACAAAUAAUACUUGCGAGGCUGAUCAGAGAACUGACGCUACUGAUGGGAAUUCUCCAAAUGAAGGUCAUGGAGAUGAUAAAGAUAAGUUGUUGCUGUAUGCUAUAGUUUCCUUGGGGUUUGCAGUUGGAUUUUGGGGUCUAUUCUUUGUUUUGCUUCUCAAGAAACAGAAAUGGUGGUUCCCGUAUUGGAGAUUAGUAGAUGUGGUUGCAGUGGGAGUCGCUAAUUGUAUGUGGAAAAAUUAA